CACCACUUCCUGUCCUGCACCAACACAUGUCUACUAGCAGCUAACUCAGUCAACAGACAGAAAACAGGGGCGAAAAACGUCACUGACGAUGGUUCAGUUCAGCAGAAUCUGCCUCCGGAAGUUUGGAAACUUUGUGGACAAUCUGCGUCUGUAUGUCCGCGGAGGCAGCGGCGGCAUGGGGCUGCCCCGUCUCGGGGGACAGGGAGGGAAAGGAGGAGAUGUUUGGGUUGUGGCAGCGAACAACCUGACGCUGAAGCGGGUCAAGGACAAAUAUCCUCACAAACGUUUCCUAGGUGGAGCAGGAGCCAACAGCAGUGUCCGAGCACUGAGAGGAGAGAAGGGAAAGGACCUGGAGAUCCUAGCUCCUGUCGGCAUCACUGUCACCACUGAUGAUGGCAGAAUACUCGGUGACCUGAACACUGAAGGGGAACGUCUGAUGGUGGCGAGAGGCGGACCAGGGGGCGCUCUCUACUCUGCGUUCGAGCCCAGUAAGGGUCAGACCAAGCACAUCCGAUUUGACCUCAAGCUCAUCGCUGACCUGGGCCUGGUCGGGUUCCCAAAUGCGGGAAAGUCUUCUCUGCUGACGGCCUUGUCUAACGCCACACCUCAGAUCGCCAGCUACGCUUUCACAACUUUGAAGCCUGAGAUCGGCAAACUGAUGUAUAAAGAUUACAAACAGAUCUCCGUCGCUGACCUGCCGGGCCUCAUUGAAGGGGCUCAUGCCAAUAAAGGAAUGGGCCACAAGUUCCUGAAACACGUGGAGAGAACCAAGCAGCUUCUGUUUGUUGUUGAUGUUUCCGGUUUCCAGCUGGCGAGUAAAACCCCCUUCAGGCCGGCCUUUGAAGCCGUACAGCUUCUCACCAAGGAGCUGGAGUUGUACAAGGAGGAGCUUGUGUCGAAGCCUGCUCUGCUGGUGGUGAAUAAGAUGGACCUGCCAGACGCUGAGGACAAACUACAGGAGCUGAAGGAGCAGCUCCAAAACCCAGAAGAGUUCUCUGAUCUGCUGCCUGACGACAUGAGACCAAAGAAUUACAUCAGCUUCAGACACGUGGUUCCCGUCUCGGCCACCACCGGGUUUGGUAUCGACAAUUUGAAAAGGUGCAUCCGAGAGUCGCUUGAUGACGACGCAGCCAUGGCAAUCAAAGCCAUCCAUCAAGAAAGACUGCAGGCACUAAGGCAGACAUCACACGGGCAUUCAUAAUAAACAGGGACAGCGUCUCGCAGGUUUCAGUCGGACCGACAGAGCACGAUGACAGCGGAGUCUUAUCCUGUCUGCUGAAGAAGAAGAUCAAACUGGUGAAGUGGAACUUUUCUUAAACGUCAUCCGUCCGUGGCAGAAACAGAAACUCCGCUCGGUGCAUUUCUUUUGACUUUCUUAUUGACCAACGCAGCCAAAAUAUCAUGUGCUGUAAGUUUGGUUUCGCUGCUGAAGAGGUCCCACUCUAUUCAGAAACGAUGCACUGUUAAAGACUGAUGUUAAGUAAUGGAGCAAAUAGAUUCAUAAACCUUUACUGAAAACAGGUCAAGCCAAUGCAGCAUCAGCUUUAGCACCAGAUACAUUGAUGAUUCAAAACGUCCUCAGGAACCUGUUUCUGUUUCAUAUGAUUGUCAAUGAAGGUUAAGAUGGUAUUUAUUUGUAUGUGUGUGUUCUACGAUUCACUGACUUUUACUCACACGAUGAGACACUGACGACCAAACAAAACGGAGCGUGUAAAACUGGUCUUUAUGCCAUGUAACAGGGAACAGGGGCAUGUGGUCUGCAGCCGUCAGUGACUCAAUGCACCACAGGAGAAAUUCUGAAUAUAAUGUGAGUCAUGUCCAGCUGAUUCUGGAGCCACUAAAUAAGGUUUGUAUUGGAUCAGUGCGUCCCUUUAGUGUUGAAAUAAUAAAACAAUCAAUAACA